AUGGAAAACGAUAAAGGUCAAUUAGUUGAAUUAUACGUCCCAAGAAAAUGUUCUGCCACCAACAGAAUCAUCAAAGCCAAAGAUCACGCUUCUGUCCAAAUCUCAAUUGCUAAAGUUGAUGAAGAAGGUAGAGCUAUUGCUGGUGACAACAUCACUUACGCUUUAAGUGGUUACGUUAGAGGUAGAGGUGAAGCUGAUGACUCAUUAAACAGAUUGGCUCAACAAGACGGUUUAUUGAAGAACGUCUGGUCUUACUCUCGUUAA